CAGCAAUUACUAAUCAGUAAUAAUUUAUUUGCUAACUAGAAAAAGAAAGGUAGUAGAUUAGGUAUCUCGGUUCGUGAAUUUGUCAACUCUCAUCCUUGUCUUGAUUCGCACAGACCAGAGCUAAAACUUCAACCCUAAGAAAGAGAUAAAGAGAUUUGGAAGGAAGAAAUUCCAGUCUUGUAAUCGAAUCGUUUUUUUUUUUUGGUCAAAAGAAUGAUGUCUGGUAGCACAACGGAAUAAAGAGAUUCUUGUUCCAAGUCCAGAUCAGAGACUAGAACUGUUUUUUUGGAACGAAUUUCAUCUUCUUCCUCUUUUUUUUUUUUUUUGGGUUGCUAUUUUAGGUUGUCUUCGAUCGUUGUGUAUAUGUUGUGUUGGUUUUGGUGAAGGGAGAUUUGAUGGAGAGCUAUUUGAACGAGAACUUUGGGGAUGUGAAGGCGAAGAACUCGUCGGAGGAAGCGCUUCAGAGAUGGAGGAAACUCUGUUGGGUUGUGAAGAAUCGGAAACGCCGUUUCCGUUUCACUGCUAAUCUCGACAAGCGCAAUGAGGCCGAGGCUAUACGCCGAUCUAAUCAGGAGAAGUUUCGAGUUGCAGUUUUGGUUUCACAAGCAGCACUACAAUUUAUUCAUGGCCUGACUUUGACUAGUGAAUACACUGUACCUGAGGAAGUCAAAGAUGCGGGUUUUCAAAUCUGUGCUGAUGAAUUGGGAUCUGUGGUCGAAGGGCGUGACGUGAAGAAGCUGAAAAUUCACGGUGGAGUUGAGGGAAUUUCUAGCAAGGUUGCUACAUCAAUAACCAGUGGAAUCUCUACUUCUGAGGAACUGCUGAGUAAAAGGAAAGAAAUUUAUGGUAUUAACAAAUUCACUGAAAGCCCGGUCAAGGGUUUCUUGACUUUUGUGUGGGAAGCCCUUCAGGAUAUGACCCUGAUGAUACUUGCCUUUUGUGCCUUCGUUUCUCUGGUUGUCGGUCUAGCAACGGAAGGAUGGCCAAAGGGUGCUCAUGAUGGGCUUGGAAUUGUUGCCAGCAUUUUGCUUGUUGUUUUUGUUACAGCCACGAGCGACUAUAGACAAUCUCUGCAGUUUAAGGAUUUGGACAGGGAGAAGAAAAAAAUUACAGUUCAGGUUACUAGAGAUGAGUGCAGGCAGAAGAUAUCAAUUUAUGAUCUACUUCCUGGUGACAUAGUUCAUCUAAGUAUUGGAGAUCAAGUCCCAGCUGAUGGACUCUUCAUAUCAGGGUUUUCUGUGAUUAUAAAUGAGUCCAGUUUAACAGGUGAGAGUGAGCCAGUUAAUGUCAAUUCUCAGAAUCCUUUUCUUCUCUCUGGAACUAAAGUACAGGAUGGGUCAUGCAAGAUGCUUGUGACUACUGUUGGGAUGAGGACCCAGUGGGGAAAGUUGAUGGCUACUCUCAGUGAAGGAGGAAAUGAUGAAACCCCCUUGCAGGUGAAACUCAAUGGUGUGGCAACCAUAAUUGGAAAGAUUGGUCUAUUUUUUGCUCUUGUGACUUUUGCUGUUUUGGUGCAAGGAUUGUUUACCCGCAAGCUGCAAGAAGGGUCCCAGUGGAUCUGGUCGGGGGAUGAUGCAAUGGAAAUUCUAGAAUUCUUUGCUAUUGCUGUUACAAUUGUUGUCGUUGCUGUUCCGGAGGGGCUACCUUUGGCUGUGACAUUGAGCCUCGCUUUUGCCAUGAAGAAGAUGAUGAAUGAUAAGGCACUUGUUCGGAAUUUGGCUGCUUGUGAGACUAUGGGAUCUUCUACUACUAUAUGCAGUGACAAGACUGGGACAUUGACAACAAACCACAUGACUGUCGUUAAAGCUUGCAUUUGUGGAAAGACCAAGGAAGUAGGCAGCUCUAAGGACGCUUCUAACUUCUGCUCCGAAAUUCCAGAUUCUGCUUUGAGAAUCCUACUUCAAUCAAUAUUUAAUAACACUGGAGGAGAAGUGGUGAAAAACAAAGAUGACAAGAAUGAGAUAUUGGGAACACCCACUGAAAUGGCUAUUUUGGAAUUUGGGCUGCAGCUUGGUGGUGAUUUCCAAGUAGAACGACAGGCAUGUCAUAUUGUGAAAGUUGAACCUUUCAAUUCAGUGAGGAAGCGGAUGGGGGUAGUUCUAGAACUUCCUGAAGCUGAAGGUGGUUUCCGAGUGCAUUGUAAAGGUGCUUCUGAGAUAAUUUUAGCUGCAUGUGACAAAGUCAUAGAUUCGAAAGGUGAGGUUGUUCCCCUUGACAAAGAAUACGUUAAUAGGUUGGAAAAUACUAUCGAACAAUUUGCUAAUGAAGCUCUUCGGACUCUUUGCCUUGCUUACAUGGAAAUUGAAAGUGAGUUCUCUGCUGAAAACCCUAUUCCUACCAGAGGAUACACUUGCAUAGGAAUUGUGGGAAUUAAAGAUCCAGUUCGUCCUGGGGUCAGGGAAUCUGUUGCCAUCUGUAGGUCAGCUGGUAUAACAGUUAGGAUGGUUACCGGAGACAACAUAAACACUGCAAAAGCAAUAGCAAGAGAGUGUGGAAUUUUGACUGAGAAUGGUUUGGCAAUUGAAGGACCAGAAUUUCGCGAGAAGAGUGAAGAGGAAAUGCGAGAAAUUAUUCCAAAAAUUCAGGUUAUGGCUCGAUCUUCACCAUUAGAUAAACACACCCUGGUCAAACAAUUGAGGACCACUUUUGAAGAAGUUGUUGCAGUGACUGGAGAUGGUACAAAUGAUGCUCCUGCACUUCAUGAAGCUGACAUUGGGCUAGCAAUGGGCAUUGCUGGAACUGAGGUUGCCAAAGAAAGUGCCGAUGUGAUAAUUCUGGAUGAUAACUUCUCCACAAUUGUGACUGUGGCCAAAUGGGGACGCUCAGUUUACAUAAAUAUUCAAAAGUUUGUUCAGUUCCAACUAACGGUAAAUGUGGUUGCCCUUAUCGUCAACUUUUCUUCUGCUUGUUUGACAGGUGAGCAAAUCAUGGAAUGCUCUGUUCAGCUUCUUUGGGUCAACAUGAUCAUGGACACCCUAGGAGCGCUUGCGUUGGCCACAGAACCUCCAAACAAUGACUUGAUGAAGAGAUUGCCCGUUGGAAGAAAAGGAAACUUCAUCAGUAAUGUGAUGUGGAGGAAUGUCCUGGGGCAGUCCUUGUAUCAAUUCUUAAUAAUAUGGUACCUACAGACAAGAGGAAAAGCAGCUUUUCAGCUUAGUGGCCCGGAUUCUGAUUUGAUACUGAAUACACUCAUUUUCAACUCCUUCGUAUUCUGUCAGGUUUUCAAUGAGAUCAGCUCUAGGGAGAUGGAGAAGGUAAAUGUGUUCAAAGGAAUCCUGAACAAUUAUGUGUUUGUGGCUGUGAUCAGUUGCACUGUUAUCUUCCAAAUCAUAAUCGUCGAGUUUCUUGGUACAUUUGCAAGCACACAUCCUCUCAGUUUACAACAGUGGAUUGUCAGCAUUUUCCUCGGAUUCCUUGGCAUGCCAGUUGCAGCAGCACUAAAGAUGAUUCCAGUAGGAUCUAACAUACCACGAGGCAAAUAAGUACAUCUGAGUUGAGGGUCCGUCCUUUUGGCAUUAGCUGUUAAUGGAUGGCUUUUAACGGUGCCUUUCCCCCAAAACCAAGCCUGAAAAGAAAAAAGGGCAAAAAAGAAAAAAGAGAAAAAGAAAAGAAAAGAAAGAAGGUGACUGAUACUACAAAGUUGUUUGUUGCUUGGUUGGUGUGGACAUAAUUUGAGGCGCUAUUGAAGUUUUCACUAACUAGAUUUGAGCUUCCUGCAUUAAAUGUGCGUUUGGAAAAGCGUGAAUUGUCGCUGAUUUGAAGUUUUUUUGUACAAACCUUGAGGCAUUUGGCAAUAUACAAAAUCAUUUCAGCUACUUCUCAAAGAUGUGAGUCUAUGGGGAAAGCUUUAAUCUGCCGAGGAAAACUUUAAAAACGCCUACAAAUUAUUGUUCCAAUUCCACCACUCUCACAGGAAACAUUUUUUUUUUUUCUUUUCUAAAACAACAAAGCUUUUUAGUAUUAGCACUCUAUUAUGGAAGAUUUUUAACUACCAGCCAGAAAAGGUAAAAGGGGGAAAAAAAAACCCCUCUUCCUGUAGAACUUUGCCAAAUGCUAAGUUGACUCCGUUCGUACUAGGGUUUUCUGCUUGAGAAAGAAAAAAUUAGAAUUGCUUUUGUUUAUGUCAGAAAAUACUUUUGCGAUGUUGUCAAAUGUCACAAGCUUAUCAAACUGAUUCUUUACACAUCAAAGAGUUGUUUCAGUCAUUCAGCUUCCCAUACUAAAAAUGGAGGCUAAACUUUUGUUAGUUCUUUACCUUAUCGGGAUGAUUUGUGAUUAUGCAUUAUGCUGAUGUAAAGUAAA